UAUAUUUUCUCAAAGCCAUGGAGAUAUUCAGUUACAAGGAAAUAGAAACUGCAACAAAAGAGUUCUCACUGUCAAGAUUAAUAGGUAAAGGAAGCCAUGGAUGUGUUUACAAAGGAGUUCUCAAAGGUGGAAAGAUAGUCGCUGUCAAGAAACCAUCAAAGGGUCUUCAAAUCCUUCAAGACAACACAAAGCUCGACAAUGAAAUCGACAUAUUAUCGUCUCUGCCAAAGACUCAAUAUAUUGUGAACAUCGUUGGAGUUAGUCACGACGUGUUAACUCGUAAGAAGCUUCUCGUUAUUGAAUUCAUGUCUAAUGGUUCUCUUCAUCAUUCAUUACAUAAUAACUCGGCUAACCCACCAACCUGGUCGAAACGUGCAUUUAUAGUUCUUCGGCUCGCUCGGGCUAUACAGAUACUACAUGGUUCAAAACCUUCUGUUAUUCAUAGAGAUAUCAAGUCUUCUAAUAUUCUUUUUGACUCCAACUGGAACCCUAAAUUAGCUGAUUUUGGUCUUUCAGUUAGACUUGCAAAUGAUUCUGAGUCACUGAGUUAUAGUCCGAGUCAACCUGCUGGUACAAUUGGUUACUUGGACCCGAGUUACACCACACCUUGUAAACUUACAAAAAUCGACGUGUUUAGUUUUGGGGUUGUGGUUUUGGAGAUUUUCAGUUGUAGAAGAGCUAUAGAUGUAAGCAUGGAAACAUCUUCGAUAGUUGAAUGGGCGUUACCGUUGAUUAAAAAUCAGAGGGUGGCUGAAGUUUGUGAUUCAAGAAUGGGGUUAUUACCUUCUAAUAUGGUUGGAAGGAUACAAUGCAUGCUUAACAUUGCAGCUCGUUGCGUUUCAUCAGAUGAGAAUUCUAGACCAUCAAUGACAGAGAUUGUAACCGAGCUGGAAGAUUGCAUCGUCGAACGAGUCCACUUCCCAAUCUGGCAAAGUCUUUUUCCGAUAUACUGUAUGAUCAGAGCCCGAAACCGGGGAUCGAAAACAACUACUAUUAAGUGUAGAAGAUAUCCAGAAGAUGUUUCACGAGGGAGUAAGGUAUUAUCAGUUAGAGACAUAUUAGAUGAUGAGGAGGAGCUAGAAAGUUCACAAACUCGGUAGAACGUAUGAAUCGGGUUGACUCAGUGAGUCUAGGUUUGAUCAACUCGGGAAGGAAAGAACCAAUCUGCAAGGACGGAGUCCAAAUAGAAGAAUUUAAUAAAGCAGUUGGGUGUGGAAUUCUACAAGUAGGAAUUACCUAUAGAUCCUAUUAUAGUGUUCUUAGUUAGUGGCAGGUCCACCCACUAAAGCCCAAUAACUAGAGGUCCAUAAUUAAAAAAAAGAAGAAAAAUGGACCCAAUUUUUUAUCACUUGGUCCUGUACACGUGCGAAAGUAGGAAAAUAUUUUCGAUAAAUGUCUGGAUUACCCUUCAUACAUAAUAACGAUAAGACUAAAUCAGUCACAGAGAUUUUCAAUUUUAUUUUCAUUUUCUCUUUCCACGACUCCAGCUCUGCGUUGAAGAUCGAAGAAACUCCAUUUGAAAGCAUCACCCACGAGUUUUAUUGAAUGAAUCAUCAAUAAAAUCCAACAAACAAGAUAAGUUUCAUCUAUUUUGAUUGUUUAAUUCGGUCGUAAUCCUUGAUUUAUCAGUUUGGAUAAGAAUUUACAGAAAAAUCUAUGGUUUCAAAAACCUUAAUAGCACUAAGUUCACUUUGAAUUCCUAACUCGAUUCACAAUUAGUUUUUAGAUCUGUAAUCUCAUUUCCUUUCUCGGUGAUUUUAGCUAAAGAUUGGUUGUAUAGAUCUGAGUUGUUGAUAUUUGACUGUAGAUCCGUGGUUGCAGGAUCCGGUAGUACAUAUAUGUCGUACUGAUGGUAUUAUAAUUGUUGUAUAUGUUUAAGAUGUGUAAAAUCCAUCUCUUUGUUUUGAAUUUUUCUUGUUUAUGAAUCUGUUUUUGUAAUUGAUAUUAUUUUGAUUGGGUGGAUUGUCAAUUUGAGAUAA